UGGGCGUUCUGCGCUGUGAGGGCGGAGCAUGAGCUGCAUGAAGCUCUUUUGUCAUGAGAAUGAGUCACAUGACUGGCUUCAUCACACACUCAUUCUCUGACUGAGACUUUAUUCGGCUGUUAUUUUUAAAGAUGGCGGAGGAGAGGGAGCCUCCACCGCUGCCCGGUGUCCCGGAGCCGCAGGACGCGGAGGAUCUGUUCGUCAGCGCCGCGAGCGCGAUGGAGGAUGCUGAACGGAGUUUGUCUCCAGAAGACAUCAGCAGCAGCUCUAACGGACCCAAAGCCGAGCCCAUGCUGCUGGACCACGACCCCGACGACCUCUUCGCUGAAGCGACAGAGGAAGUGUCUCUGGACAGUCCAGAGCGGCAGAUGAUCCUGUCAGACGGACCGUCUCCCGCCAUCACACCCGUCACGAUUAACCCCAGAGCAGACGUGUUCGACCGCUCGCCGGACCAGGAUGAAGAUGAAGAGGAAAACAGGGACACGUUUGACAUCCAGAUCUCCGUUUCUGACCCUGAGAAAGUUGGUGACGGCAUGAAUGCGUACAUGGCCUAUAAAGUGACGACCAAAACCAGUCUGUCCAUAUUCAGCAGAGACGAGGUCUGCGUCAAGAGGCGCUUCAGCGAUUUUCUGGGUUUGCACAGUAAAUUAGCCUCCAAGUACAUGCACAUCGGCUACAUCGUUCCUCCUGCUCCUGAGAAGAGCAUUGUGGGUCAGCGGCUCGGCCGGCGUUCCUCGGCUGUUACAGAACUGGAUCCUGAUGCUAAGGCGUGUUUGUGUUGCAGGUAUCUGCUGAGGACCGUCAAACAACCAGCGCUGCUCAAAGACCCCGAUGUCCUGCAGUUUCUGGAGAGUUCAGAGCUGCCGCGAGCGGUUAGCACACAGGCGCUGAGUGGGGCCGGAAUAUUGAGGAUGGUAAACAAAGCGGCCGAUGCUGUCAACAAAAUGACAAUCAAGAUGAAUGAAUCGGAUGCGUGGUUUGAGGAGAAACAGCAGCAGUUUGAGAAUCUGGACGUUCAGCUCAGAAAACUUCACGCUAGUGUGGAAUCACUGGUGUUUCACAGAAAGGAGCUGUCUGUGAACACGGCGUCGUUCGCUAAAAGCGCGGCUAUGCUGGGAAACUCGGAGGAUCACACGGCGCUGUCGCGAGCUCUGUCCCAGCUGGCCGAGGUGGAGGAGAAGAUCGACCAGCUGCAUCAGGAUCAGGCCUGCGCUGAUUUCUACCUGAUCUCAGAGCUGCUGGGAGACUAUGUGCGGCUCAUCACCGCCGUUAAAGGUGUGUUUGACCAGCGGAUGAAAACAUGGGCCAAAUGCCAGGAUGCUCAGGUGAUGCUGCAGCGCAAGAGAGAAGCCGAAGCCAAACUACAGCACGCCAACAAACCCGACAAACUGCAGCAGGCCAAAGACGAGAUCAGAGAGUGGGAAGGUAAAGUGCAGCAGGGUGAAAGAGAUUUUGAGCAGAUAUCAAAAAACAUCCGUCGAGAAGUUGGACGAUUCGAGAAAGACAGAGUGAAGGAUUUCAGAGUCGUCAUUAUUAAAUAUCUGGAGUCACUAGUUCACACACAGCAGCAGCUGAUAAAAUACUGGGAGGCGUUCUUACCUGAAGCCAAAGCGAUCGCGUAAUUCAUCAAACCACCGCCUUUCUUUAUUCCACAGUAUGAUCAUGCAAGAAAAAGCUGCACAGACUUAAUGAUAA